AUGAAAACAGCAAAACUUAAAUAUGGAAAUCGAGGUCAUAGUCAAUCAUGUUUAUUAGAAGAAACUCAAUGUUGUUUUAUAACAUCACAUAAUCAUGGUUUUACUGUUCAAACCUCACAAGGUUUAGGUAAAGAUUGGUGUAUUUUAUUUACAAAUCAAAAUGAUCAAUCCAAUGAAGGCAUUAUUCAUGAUUUCAAACCAUUUUUUAGUGUUCAAUUUCAUCCUGAACAUUCUGUUGGACCAAGUGAUACAGAAAAUGUAUUUCAAAUAUUUCUGGAUGUUGUUCAAUCAUAUAAAUCAACGAGUGGUGUCAUAAUCCUGUUACACCCGGUAUCCGGAUUUGCUUUUAAUGUAGCGUCAGUGAAUUUGGGGUAUUACCCUAAAGGUAACGAUCUCUACAAUGUAAAUAUAUUUCCAAUAAACUUAGUAAAUAGUCAACUUCGAUGUAUAUUUGAUCGUCCAAUAUUAGGUGAAUAUUAUUCAUAUGAAAAUGGUCUUGAAACUCAUACAUCAUUUAAAAAAAAUGGUAAUAUUGAUCGACUUUUUUAUCGUCGAGAAUCGGGUCGUGGUGCUACUGCUAAUAUAAUAACAGUUCUUGAUAAUCAUGCACUUGGAGAAUGUGUUUAUCUUAAUUGGAGAGCAAAUCCUUUUAGACAUGUUUCAAGACAUCAUUAUGAACUUAUUUAUCGAGAUAAAAAAAAAUCUUGUUAUCAAUGUUAUGAAAUUUAUAAUAGAACACGUAAUAUACUUCAAAUACGAAAAAGUGAAUGUGAUGAAGUAACAUCAUUAUCUACAAAUCAAAUGAAUAUUCAAGAUCUUUGCUUAACUAUUAAUGAAGAAGCUGAAUUUGAUACAUUAUUUUUAAAAACAUAUUCAGCUGAAGAAUGUCGUGCAACUAUAUAUGGAACAUAUCAUUUUACAUAUGAAUUUCGUGAAGGUGGUAUUGGUAUAUGUGAUAAUCCAAUAUCACGUUUAGUAUCUUGUCCUGAUCCUGGAACUCCAUUUGAAGCUCUUAAUGAACGUUUUUGGAUGACAUAUGGUUAUUGUCGAGAUCUUGUUUCAUCAAUUGANAAUCCAGCUGAAAAUGCUAUUUUAUUAACAACACGUGUACCAGCUCAACCGGAUACUUCUAUUUAUGAUCUUUAUACUAUACCAAAAGAUGCUGGUGAAUCAGCUAGUGCAGCACAAAAUCCAGAUGCUCCUGAAGGUCGUCGUUCAUCUGGUUUAAAUGCCGUUUGGGUUGCUCGAAAUCGAUUCGCUGUCCUUGACAAAAAUCAUGUUAUUUUAAUAAAAAAUAAUAAAAAUGAAAUAACAAAAAAAAUUCAACUAGCAAAUUGUGAUGAAAUUUUUUAUGCCGGUACGGGUCUUUUAUUAAUACGUGAAAAUGAUCAUAUUAGUUUAUAUGAUGCACAACAAAAACGUUCAUUAGCAACUGUUAGAAUAGGCAAAGCUAAAUAUGCAAUAUGGUCAAAUGAUAUGAAUUAUUUAUCAUUAUUAGCUAAACAUCAACUUGUUAUUUGUAAUAGAAAACUUGAACAAUUAUGUAUUAUUCAAGAAAAUGUUCCUGUUAAAUCAGGUGCUUGGGAUGAUUCAGGUGUUUUUAUUUAUACAACAUCAAAUCAUAUUAAAUAUGCACUUGUUAAUGGUGAUCAUGGAAUUAUUCGUACACUUGAUUUACCGAUUUAUAUAACAAAAAUAAAAGGAAAUAGUGUCUUUUGUUUGGAUAGAGAAGUUCGAACAAGAUUAUUAAAUAUUGAUCCAACAGAAUAUAAAUUCAAAUUAGCUUUAAUUAAUCGAAAAUAUGAUGAGGUACUUCAUAUGGUUCGAACAGCAAAAUUAGUUGGACAAAGUAUUAUUGCUUAUCUUCAAAAGAAAGGUUAUCCGGAAGUAGCACUUCAUUUUGUAAAAGAUGAAAAAACAAGAUUUGGAUUAGCACUUGAAUGUGGAAACAUUGAUAUUGCACUGGAAGCUGCUCGAGCUUUAGAUGACAAACGUUGUUGGGAAAAAUUAGCUGAAGUAGCUUUAUUACAAGGAAAUCAUCAAAUUGUUGAAAUGUCUUAUCAACGAACGAAAAAUUUUGAUAAAUUAGCUUUUCUUUAUUUAAUAACAGGAAAUCUUGAAAAAUUAAGAAAAAUGAUGAAAAUUGCUGAAGUAAGAAAAGAUGUUAGUGGACAAUUUCAAAUUGCAAUGCUAUUAGGAGAUGUUGAAGAACGUGUUAAACUUCUUAGACAAUGCAAUCAAAAAUCACUUGCGUAUGUUAUGGCAGCUACACAUGGUCUUGAUGAACAAGCUGAACAAUUGAAAGAGUCUCUUGAUGAAAAAAUACCUGAAGUAAAUCCAAAUGCUGAAUUAAUAUUACCACCAUGUCCAAUAAGUCAACAAGAAUCGAAUUGGCCAUUAUUAGCUGUAUCAAAAGGAUUUUUUGAAGGUGUAACAAUUAAAGGAAAUCAACCAACAACAACAACAACAAGUUUAUCAUCAACUAUAACAACAAAACUUGCUGCAAAUGCUCACAUUGAUGAAACAGGAACAAGUGGUGGAGAUUGGGCUGAUGAUGAAGUGCAAGUGGAACUUGAUGAGGAUGACAUGAAUCGAGAAAAUCUUAAUACGGAUCAAGAUGAACAAGGUGAAGGUUGGGGUGAUACGGCAAUUGAAUUACCACCUGAUCUUGAAGCAGCUGGUGUAAGUGGUGGAACUGGUGAUGAAGAAGAUGCAAGUGGAUAUUUUGUAGCACCAACAAAAGGUCAAUCAGUUCCACAAGCUUGGACACAAAAUUCAAAAUUACCUGUCGAUCAUAUUUUAAGUGGUUCAUUUGAAUCAGCAAUGCGUUUAUUACAUGAUCAAGUUGGAAUUGUUAGUUUUGAUGAAUAUAAACAAUUAUUUCUUCAAAUAUAUUCACGUUCACGUAUAGCUUUUACAGCACUUCCAUCAUUACCAUCAUUAUAUUCAUAUCCAUUAAGAAAUUGGCGUGAGGCACAUUCACCAAAAUUAUUUUAUCCAGCUGUUGGAUUAAAAUUAGAAGAAUUAGUUGGACGUCUUCAAAUAGCUUAUCGUUUAACAACAAAUGGAAAAUUUCAAGAAGGUGUUGAGAAAUUUCGUUCAAUUUUAUUAUCUGUUCCAUUACUUGUUGUUGAUUCACGUCAAGAUAUUCUUGAAAGUCAACAAUUAAUUGAAAUAUGUAAAGAAUAUAUUGUUGGAUUACAAUUAUCAAUGGCAAAAAAAGAUUUAGCAAAAGAUGAUGAAAAACGUUCAUGUGAAUUAGCUGCAUAUUUUACUCAUUUACAAUUACAACCAAUACAUAAAAUAAUGACAUUAAAAUUGGCACUUAAUCAAGCAUUUAAAUUAAAAAAUUAUAAAACUGCUACAAGUUUUGCUAAACGUUUAUUGGAACUAGGACCAACACCUGAUGUUGCUCAACAGGUUUUUAUUUUUAUAUUUCAUUAUUUUAUUUGA